AUGUCGUACUCCAUCUCGAUGACAAAAUCGUCCGAAAGAACUUCCGAAAGAUCCCCGGCUUCUUCUCUCUCUCGUUCACCGUCCGAAAGCUCCUUGUCCUCCCUCGGCUCUGAUUUUUCGGGUGAUGAAUACAUGGAGCAAACGAGAUGCCGCACGAGACGCAGCACCAGUUCCACGAGUUCUGAAGAUUCGACACUUCGCCCAACGGUCUACUAUGUGAUCAACGAUGAAGGACAACGCAUUCAAAUAGAUAAACGCAUCUUCGAAGAUUCUUUCAAUGCCGAAGCACUUCGAAGAUUCUGUGCAACUUAUAAUGAAGAGCCAACCGAUGCUCAAAUUGCUGUAUUAGCAGACAUGUUGCAGAUUGAAUUCAAUCCAAAAGCUCAAGAGAAACAACGGGAAUACAGGAAACACAUGAAGGAACUAUUUUCUAAACACCAGUGGUGUAGUGGGACGAAAAGAACCCAGAUCAGUAUGGCACUGGGAUAUAAAGAAGGAAAGAUGAAGGCGGACCUCCAAAAAAUGAGGAAAACAGCGAUGGAUGCUUUCUUGACCAAAGGGUUCCCGUUGCCGUGCCAGAUGAAAACACUUAUGAAGUACGAGGAAAAGUACAACAAAACCUCGAAGAAGAAGUUGGCGGAAUUAACACGGAAAAUAGUAUUGAAAACAAACGUUCAUGGAGCUCAAGUAGUUUCUUUCAUGAAUCUCGCAAGAGAUCGAAAGGCUAAGUUCGAGAGAAAAUUGAGGAGAGCAGCGAGAACGCCACUGGUUGACAGUGAUUUUGAAAUGGAGGAAAAUUAUCAUGAAAGGAAUGAUGAUUACGUGAGAAACGAAGAAAAUGGAAACAAUGACGAUAUGUAA